AUGAGCAAAGUACACUUCACCAUGAGCAAAAUACAGGUCACCAUGAGCAAGUACAGGUCACCAAGAGCAAAGUACACGCACCAUGAGCAAAGUACACGUCACCAUGAGCAAAGUACAGGUCCCCUGAGCAAAAGUACAGGUCACCAAUGGUGUUCUCAAUGUAUUACAGGUGUUCUCGGAGUGUUACAGGUGUUCUCAGUGUGUUUCAGGCGUUCUCAGUGUGUUACAGAUGUUCUCAGUGUUCUAAGUGUGCUACAGGUGUUCUCUAUGUAUUACAAGUGUUCUCAGUGUGUUACAGGUGUUUUCAAUGUAUUACAGGUGUCCUCAGUGUGUUACAAUUGUUCUCAGUAUGUUACAGGUGUUCUUAAUGUGUUACACGUGUUCUCAGUGUCCUCAGUGUGUUACAGGUGUCGUCAGUAUGUUACAGGUGUUCUCCGUGUUACAGGUGUUGGCACUAUGGCCUGGUCUCCACUGGCUAUUGGUCUGAUCUCCAGUAAGAUGGAUGACGGCAUUCCUGUCUUCACCAGACAGUCUUUUAAGAAAAAAUACACCUCUAUCAGUUGGAAUGAAGACGAAACUUAUGCUUCAGGAAACGUCAAAGACCAGGGCUACACAUGGUUGAAGGAUAAAGCUGGCUCAGAGGACGGCAGGAAGCAGCAGGCUCGACUGAGAGAGCUUGGCCAGCUGGCAGAGAGGCUUGGCUGCAGCUUAACCCAGCUGUCAGUAGCUUGGAGUAUCAAGAACGACAAUCUGCACUGUGUCCUUAUUGGAGCUGCUACCGUAGAUCAACUACUGGAGAACAUUAGUUCCCUCCAGGUGGCAGUCAGGCUGAAACCGGAACUUCUGGCCCAACUGGAACGAAUAGUGUCGUUCCUGUAACGAAGAGUCUAGUCCCCUGCCCACUUGACGCUGUUGUAGCUUCUGCAGG